GAGCUUGUCCAAUAGAAACUUUACUUUUUCCAGAAGAUUUAAAUGUUGUAGGUAAUGUAACAUCUAUUGAAAUGAAAAAAAUUAAUAAGAAAACAUAUGUUAAUCUGCAGUCUAAUGAUACAAUGUGGACGUUACUAAUAUGUCAUAACAUUGAAUCAGCAUUAAAUGAAACAAAUAUUAUAUGUAGACAAGCAAUAGAUACAUUAUAUAGACUAGUUAAUAGUCGUUUUAUGUCCUUUGGAGCUGGAUGUACUGAAAGUUUAUUAGCAGCACAUUUAUACAAAAAGAUUAAUAAUACAAUUGAUGAGAUGAGCAACAUUUUUAGAUGUUCUAAAGAACAAAUACUAAUAAUAGCAGAAAGUUUUGUUUCUGCUAUUUAUGAAAUUGCAGUAAGUGUGCAUUCAGGUAAAAAAUAUGAUUUUAAGAUAGAUAACAUACAUAAUCAUUUAUGGAAUUUUACAAAUGAACUAUGUAUGUGUGGUCAGUUUUCUAAAAUAGAAGUUCCUACAGCUACAUGGACUGAUCUAAGCAAUUUACAAUUUCAUACUGAUGAAAAUAUUAAACCAGUUUCAGAAAUUAAGAAAGAUAUUAUUUUAGAUGAAUUUAUUGGAAAAAAGCAAGCUUAUUCUUCAGCAUUUGAAAUAACUUCUUUAUUGAUGAGGACAGGUAUUUGUAUAAUAGACAGAAAUUAGAAAUGUUUUUUUAUUCUUUUUAAAGCAAUAAAAUGCAAGUAUAUAAUUGAAAUAUUUUUUUCAAUAUCAAAAGAUAAUUAAGAGAAUCUGUGAAAUAUUUUUACAAAAUGGUUGAUAUGAUAAUUAGAUGAAUAAUUCUGUAUACGGUAGAUAUGGGUAUUUGAUUUUACAGACUAAUUGGGAGGAAACAGUCUUCACUAUUGUUGAAUAUCCAUUAAAUCUAAUGUGUUUUAUAAACAUAUAUUAAUAACAAACUUACAAUAAGAUAUAUUAAAAUUUUGUUAUAAUAUAUAAGCACGAAUAAAAUAUUAUUAUACUUAUUGACUCAGUGCCUAUCUUUUAGCAUGUUCUCUCUAUGAAUAAAAAGGUUAUAAAUUUUUCCUUUAGGAUGGGAAUAUUUUGUCUAUUAAAUCAAAGUCUGUUAAACUGAGGUUCUACUGUAUUGUAUAACUAUUUUUUACAUCUCAUAUUAAUGUGUUUUCACUUUAUCAAAUAUUUAAAUUGUACAAUAAGAAGUAAAAUAUUUAAU